AUGGACCCUGAAGGCAACUAUACCACUCGUCGCCAGGACUACUCGGAUUUGGCCAGACUCGAAGAAAUCCACAACGUCUCCGCAAGAAGAGGCGGUGGCGGCCCUCCUCCCGUCCCUCAAUAUGUCAAUCCAGCAUUGUCUCGAGCGGAAGCCUUCAAUGGGCCAUCCGAGCGCCGAAAGAAGUUUGCAAUCGACCGUUCACCCCUUCAAAGGCUUGAGCUGACGCUCGAUAGCAUGACCAAAGAGGAGAAGAGGGUAAGAGUCCAGGCUGCCGAGCAACGAGCCAAAGAGCGCGCUGCCCGAAGAGCGGCUGAAGCGGCCAAAACACGGCAAGGAGAGUCGCCAGGCUCGCGACUACUUGCUCCAGAACCAAUACACGGCCAACCCCAGAUUUCGCCUGCAGGGCUGAUAUCCAAAUCUCAACCGCGUUCAGCAGAAGCUGACCGUCGAGGUCAAUCUCACUUGCCGCCCCAUCCACGACGGCAGUCGGAAUCUUUUCAGACCAGUCAUGACCCUGACAUGUUUGACUCUGUUUACGGUGGCCCACCACUGGAAUCAAUACCGAGAACAAGACUGCCAGAAGAUGAAACCAGUUCUGGAUUUCCCAAGCGUAAUCUAAGUUUUCGAGAGCGUGCUGCACGAAAUGAUCGGGAGGGCAUGGCAACGGAGACGAAGCCACCACCACCACCAUCACAACAACAACAACAACAGCCCACCGCAUUUUUCAGCGGUGCUCCUGGCGAUGGCGUGCCCCUCAAUCGGAACGGGAGCCACAAGCUGCGGAAAAACCCACCGCCUGAACACUGGAAUCAUCAAAGGGCUCAAUCGACAAGAGAGAGGGGAGCUGGAGCGGGAGCUGCGGUAGACCCAAAGUCGUCCGUUAACUCUCGAGCUUACAACGUCAACAAGAACAAGGACCUUCCACCUGUUCCGGCCAUGUAUGCUGGUCCUCAACAGGCACUUCAACGCCGGGCUACGGAACCCGCAUAUGAACGAGAAUACGGGUCAGAUGAAGAAUACGUCCCCCAUGCAGCCCGUGGCAAAGCUCUCCCUAGCCCUGCGCAGGACUUGGAAGCUAAAGAAAAAGCACAGGAUACUGCGCCUGCCGGAGGGAGGCUCGAGCCGCAGGAUAGCGGCCACUCGGUUGAAAGUGGCCCUCAGCAUCGCGAUUCAAACCCAGCAUUCCGAGACCCAAUAGAUUUUAAGCCGGGCGAAGGAUUGUACAAACCUCCUGUUUGGCUUGAUGAAUUCGAGAAUGCGACAGUCGGUACAUUAGGCGGAACUUUGCUGGAUCUCACGGAUGAUCAAACCGCUGGCGAUGACAAGAAGAAGGCUUGGUGGGAAAGUGACGGUCGUGGCAAGAACAGUUCUUAUUCGUCAAGGCCUCGAAAGGCUGAAGCGUUUGAUGGAGAGUAUGACGAUGCUGAAUCAACGCGUUUCAAACCGCCAUUGUUCCUUCACUGCGGACCUCUGUUGAGAUACUGCGGUAUCCGACAAGAAAAGGUUCCCAUUAGAAGUCAAAAGAACAGUGUCGUUUCAGAUCGGGAGAUGUGGCGUGGUAGUGUCAUGAUCGUGACCCGGGAUGCAAAGUCAUCCUACGACAUCGCGCCAAUGCUUCGUCUGUUCGUCCAGGACAUUGACUUGCUUCCUCCCCCACCGCAUCAGGUUGACGGAGACUUGCCAGCUGAAUACGUAGACCCUAUUGCCGGUCACCCGAAGCUGGGGCGCAGAGGAGAUACACUCUAUGUGCGUCCUGUGGAACACCUCGAAGAAGCCAAAGAUCUUUCCCGGGAUGAAAGCGACGACGGUCUCUUUGAGAGGUCGAGAAGCCCGCCAGAAGUGGCCCCGCCAGAUGGUUCAGCCGAGUUGCCUCAAUCAUUCGCCGGACGUCAAAAGCGCAUUCAGAUUGACGGCGAAAAGCUGCAAAAAUACAAGGACGUGCGAGGCUUCCGGCUCCAUGCAGAGCGCGGCUGCACCUUUUGGAAGUUCAACAUUGAAAUCGAACUACGGGAGAAGCAGCAGCGCAUCGCCUACCGCAUCAACAGAGGGCCUUGCAUGGCUUUUUGGGUUCCUGCGCGCGCGCAGGCCAUGAAUAUCAUGUUUCACAGUUGCAACGGCUUCAGCUCAAGCGUCAAUCCGGAUGACCUUAGCGGACCUGACCCCCUGUGGCGGGAUGUUUUGAACACGCACCAGUCUCGUCCAUUCCACGUCAUGGUUGGAGGAGGCGAUCAAAUCUACAACGACUCUGUAGCGUACAAAUGCGGCCUGUUUGACGAAUGGCUCGACAUUCGAAAUCCUCAGCACAAACACGGCGCCGCUUUUACCGCCGACAUGCAAGAUGAGAUGGAAGGCUUUUACCUCAACCGCUACUGUACCUGGUUUUCCCAAGGACUCUUUAGUUUGGCGGCGUCCCAGAUACCGAUGGUGAACAUGUACGACGACCAUGAUAUAUUUGACGGAUACGGAUCAUAUCCCCAUCAAUUCAUGAAAUCGCCUGUGUUUACUGGUCUAGGAGCGGUUGCCUUUAGAUACUACAUGCUCUUCCAGCACCAGAGCGUUCCGAACGAGACAGAAAACACGGAACCCAGCUGGAUCCUCGGCGAACAACCUGGGCCCUACAUCAAGGAGCUCAGUCGCAGUGUGUAUGUUUCCUUGGGUGGCAAAAUUGCGCUGCUAGCCGUGGACUGUCGCACGGAAAGGACCGAACACAAGGUGGUGGAAAACAAAACAUGGGAAAAAAUUGUGAAUCGGUUGUAUGCCGAAGUACGCCGUGGUCAGGUUGAGCACCUGCUCGUCCUGUUCGGAGUACCCAUUGCUUAUCCUAGGCUCGUAUGGCUGGAAAAUAUUCUGACAUCUCGGUUGAUGGACCCCGUCAAGGCUCUCGGCCGAACUGGCAUACUUGGAAAAGCCCUCAAUAAUAUUGACGGUGGCGUGGAAGUUUUGGACGAUUUGAAUGAUCACUGGACUGCCAGGAAUCACAAACAUGAGCGGAGCAUCAUCAUGGAGGAUUUGCAAGACUUGGCAAUUGACAAGUCUUUGCGAGUUACGAUCCUCAGCGGUGAUGUGCAUCUGGCUGCUGUCGGCCAGUUCUAUUCCAACCCAAAGCUGGGUUUGGCCAAGCAUAAAGACCCAAGAUACAUGGUAAACAUUGUCUCGUCAGCCAUCGCCAAUUCGCCGCCAUCCAAUAUGCUGGCAGAUGUCCUCAACAAGAGGAACAAGGUACAUCACUUUGACCAGCAGACGGAUGAGACCAUGGUCCCCUUGUUCUAUCACGGAGUGGAUGGGAAACCGCGAAAAAACAAGAGCCUGCUUCCACACAGAAACUGGUGUUCUAUUCGAGCAUGGUCGCCGGGUAGCACGCCGCCUCCGACACCGCCUCUAACGGCUGACGAUGGGAGUUUUAUCCCGCCGCCGGCCAUGGCUAACAACCCUGGUGGCGGUGGUGGUGACGGUGGAGGCGCCGGCGGCGGCGGUCUUUUUCGACGGUUUUCUCUGGGAGGAAACCGAAACCGGGUAGGAGCAGCUCGCUCUUCAACAUCGCAUCCACUUGAGGGAUCCCGAACUUCUGUCCGAGGGGAUAGACCACCGGUAUCCGGCGGUCUAAACGGCCUAUUUCGGAGCAUUUCUCGAAGAAAUUCCUCCCACGUUCCCCAACGCGCGAAGCUCAAUCGCACGCUUUCGCUCGGUAGCGGCGAGAGUAGGAGCAAGCGACUUUUUGGUUUCGGACGGCGAGGAAGCAGUAGCAGACCCGAUGAUGGAGGUAUCAACGGACAAUGGGGCGAUUAUACCGACGAAGAAGGUGGUGCUGAUGAUGACGAUGACGACGACGACGACGACGACGACGACGACGAUUUUGCCAAUCGUCACGCCGCUCAAACGGCUGGCGUUAGACCGUCCGGGUUACGGGGAGGUGGCACAUAUGAGGAUAAUGAAUACUCGGAAGACGACGAGGCACAUUUCACCUCCCGUCCACCACAGCGGGCUCAAACCAUGGGCAGCCGGCCUGGGAUGGCAGCCGAACGGGGAGAUGGUAAAGAUGGCAUGAUGCGCCCUCGUCCCUUCCACCGCACGCCGACUGGUCUUUCGGUGAAACAGAUGCGCAAGGCUGAACAGUAUGAGGUCGAUCUAGAGGGAGGGCUCGAUAUCUGCCUCAACGUGGAGGUUAACGGGAAGGACCCAGCAGGCAUCACAGUGCCGUACCGACUGCUGGUGCCUCGUUUGCAUUACGAGUAUGACCCAGCUGAAGACGAGCUGCAGCGACCCGUCGCGGAAGCGCGGAAGACAAGCGGGUUCAAGAGAUUUCUCAGCUUUCGCAAAAAGCCAGAGAAGCCCAAAGUAGGAGGCGAAAAGGAAGAAGGUGAGCAUGAAGAGUAUGAUUACCCAAGCGAGGCAAGCUAUGACGUGGAUCCGAGACGUUGA